CACAAUGGCUGCUAUAUGUGCUGUUUGACGAAAUAAUUCUGCCAGUGUAUGUUGAUUAGAGUAAAAAUGAUAGCUUUUCUUACUUUAUGACGAGUGAAAUCUGAUUCUGCUUUGAACGCCAUGGAGUUAGAUUUAUCCAACACGUUGAUGGCUGAUGAUCCACGGUUGAUCGAUCAUAUUGUAGGCGAAGUUAAAUCUCGAGGCAUUUUUGAUCAAUUUCGUAAAGAAUGCAUCGCUGAUGUUGAUACAAAGCCUGCAUAUCAAAAUCUAAGGACAAGGGUUGAAGGUUCAGUAAAUUCUUUCCUUAGUAAACAAGUAUGGAAACCAGACUUGAACAAGAAUCAGCUUAGGGAAACUUUGCGAAAACAUAUACAUGAUGCUCCAUAUCUGGAUGCUGGUGUAGAACGAAUAGUGGAUCAAGUGGUAAAUCCCAAGGUUUAUUCAGUUUUUAUGCCACAAAUAGAAGAUGUAGUAUAUAAAUUUUUGGGUAUAGAGCGACCAAAAAUAAAAGAAAAAAAUGGUGCUUGUGGUCUUAAGGAUUUAUUACCUAAAGAUUUGGAUCCAGUCUCACCAGAGUCUGAUAAGAACAGUUUAAAAGACGUGUCUCUUGAAUCUAUAGAUGCGCAUGAUAAUAUUGAUGAAAAACAAAAUGAUAAAACUUAUGAUGAACAAAAAUUACCAGGUGAGGAAGUAUAUCAAGAUAAAAAUAAGGAUGGUUCAGAAAAUGGACAUAUUUUCUUAGAAGAAAAGAUGUCCGAUGAAGUCUGUAAAACUCUGAAUAAGACUGGUAGUAGUUUGAAUUUAAAUAUAUCUGGAAGAUCGGAUGAUAAAAUGGACGAAGAAGAAGAAGAGGUUAGUCCAACAUUUGAACCAAUUGAUAUUAUGAACUUAAAUGAGUCCAAUAUUUCCAACGAUUCACAUUUAUCGGGAAUCUCGGAAUUGACGAGUCAUAGAUCUAGAAGCCCAGAUUUUUCAAAUGAAUUAUCGCGGGACAACUUUGAUUGUAGCAAUCAAGAUUCUCAGCUUAGUAAAGUUUCCUCAGACUCUCGAUUGUCGAUAGUAACAGACUUUGGUUCUUCUAAUCACGGUUUAACACCAGUGCAUGAUACAUCAAAAGACGAAGCAACAAAAGAUAAAUGUGAAACUAAAAAUAAUAAAGACAAUUUUAAAGCAAUUAGGGAAUUUGAUUCAUCUAAAACUAAAACAGGUAAAAGUAGCAGCUUUGACUUUUCCAAAAGUAAAGACACACAAGAUUAUAAAGAUUCGAAGGAUUUUAAAAGUACUAAAGGAAUAUCUCUUAAAGAAAAUUCUCGCGAUGCUACAGAUAGUGGAAUAAAAGAUAAGUAUGAGCAUAAGAGCUCGAAAGAAAAAAACAAAGAUAGCGAAACCAUCAAGUCAUCAAAAAGUACAAAAGAAAAAAUCAGUAACAAAGAUACAAAAUAUUACAAAGAUAGAAGUAACGAGAAGAAGAAAACAAGUAGUCACAGCAGUAUGAAGCAUAACAAACACAAUAAGAAUAAACUUAAAGAUAAAAUUGAUCCAAUAAGAGAAAGUUCUGACAAAGCUAAAGAUCUCUCAGAAAACUUAAAAGAUAAUUUCAAUAAACUCAAGGAUGAGAAGGAAACGGAAAAGAAAGAUAACAGGGAUAAGAAGGAUAAUAUUAAUAAAGAAGCAAAAGAUCUGAAAGAUCUCUAUAAAGAAAAAAUUAGAGAGCUACGAGAGAAGAAAGAAUUAACAGAGAAAGAAAAAUUGAAUAAGGAUAAAGAAAUUAAACUUAUCAAAGAAACUAAAGAGAGGAAGGAUUCUCCAAAGGACAAAAAAUCAGACAGGAAAGACCACAAGAGUUCAUCGUCAUCGUCGUCAUCAUCGUCGUCAAAAAAUCUCCCUGUAGCUCAUCACGAAAGCAAAAGUAACAAAACGUCAGAAAAAAUUGCGGAUGGAAAGGAUAAAAGAUCAGAUUCAAAGGAUAAAGCAAAACGAGACGAGAAACGAUUGUCGAAAGAUAGUAAAAGUAAAAGUCACAGCAGCAAAACGGAUUUAUCAGAAAAGUCGGAUUCAAAGAAAAUUUUCAAAAAUGAGAAAGAAGAUAAGGUUGGAAAAGCAGAUGUCAAAAGAGAUGUUAAAGCAAGCGGCGAGAAGACAAACGGUAAAAAGGAUGCGAAAAAUUACCCGCAGCAAAGUAAGAGUUCGGAUCGCGGCGAAAAAUUGGAUAGGAAAGACUCGAAGAACGAUAGUCCAUCUAAAGAGAAAAAGCGUAGGGAGGAAAAAACGAAGAUGAAAGAUGAUCAUUCAAGUUUGCGGAAAAACUCGAAUGAUCGGCGUUCCACUGACCGAGACGGCUCGAAUGGCUCGAACAGCAAGACCUCACCAUCCAAUAGUUCUAACUCCAACAUGAUUAGCAACAAAUCAGGCACAUCGAGUUUGACGAAGGAGAAUCACAUCACUAAUUCCGGUAGCGAAACAUCAGAUAGUAUCGAGGAAACUCAAGUGACUGAUUCAAAAUCUUCAAAAUGUAAAUUAUCUCAUAAAAGCAGUUCGCAACUGUUGACAAAUGUUUUGGACAAGAAUCGUUCGAAAAUGGAAGCAGACAGUACGCAUAAAACUAACGUCAAACAAAAAGAAGAGCAAGCAGAUUCGUGCGAUACAAGUCUACCUCUGAAGAAAAGACUGUUGUCCAGCAAGGAUGAUGAAUCAAUUCCCGACGACGUGAAGAUUAAGAAGCCAAAGUUUGCGAAGAAUAUACACGAAGCUAAGAAACUAAUAAAACUUAGAAAACAAAUGGAAAAGCAGAGACUUAAAGAGGAUAAGAAAGUGGAGAAGAAUGAUACACAGGAAAUAGAGCAAUCGAGUCAGUCGAGCACAAUAAGGGAUGGCGACAAUCUCGAAGGUGUGCCGGAUGACGAACGAGUUCAAAUCAUAGAGAUUCCUGAUGAAGAGUACGAGGAACCUUAUCCCGAGAAGCACGAGCUUAGUUUAAGAUUAGACGAAAGAUCUAUAAUAAUGUUAGGAGCUGAGCCUUGUACAAACGAAUUGUUAAACAGACAUUCUGAUCUGAAGCCGACGUUAUCCAAUAUGGAGUUGUGUAUAAAGCAAUCCUUAAGUGAAAUAGUGACAAAUGUAUCAUCGGAGAAAACGACUACGCAAAAUUCAAAAAUUGACGAGAAAAUCGCACAGUCCGAUGAUUCGUAUCAACAAUCUUUUAUCUCUUCAAGCGAUGCUUCUUCAACAUCGCACAUUGAAAAUACCGAGGAUUCACAAAUAUCGGAAGAAAGACAUAAGGAUAAUUUCAAGAAGAUUUUUAAGAACGAGAGAGAUGCGAUUGUCGAUACAAAAAAGGAUAGUUCGCGAACAGAGAAAAAGCAUAUGUCACAGGGGCGAGAAGAAGCUGCAGUUCCAGAAAAAUUAGAAUUUAUGGAUCCUGAUAAUACCGAACAAUCGACGGAGAAGAAUGCAGAAAUGCGAAAUUACAAUCAAGUGGAAAUUCAAGAUAAUAAUGAAGAAGCGCGGAACGAUAACCGGUUAGAGAUACGAGACGACAAAUCGCAAGUUAAAAAACAAGCAGAGAUGUGUGCGUCAUUAAAACCUGACGCAGCAGGAUCACACGACGAUUGUAUAGAAAUCAGAUCUUCAUCCUUCAUUAUUAACGAGGAUAAUGAAGAUUGUCGUUAUUUCAAAACUGAUAAUGAGAAGUCGGAAAAAUUUUCUAAUUUCUUAGAAUCUCUAGAACUGGUGGAGAAUUCGUCGUUGGAAGAUAUAAUAGAAAGUCUAGGUGGCAAGAUAGUUUCUUCAGUACCGAAGUCCAUGGCAGCACCACCGUUGCCGAAAUCGCGUAAACGUUCGUCUAGUCCCUUAUCAGACAUCAUGGAAAAUAAUUCGGAUAAUAACAAUGACGGUCACAAGCGAACAUCGUCAUCCUCGCCCAAUGAGGAUGCCGUACACAAUGUGAAGAGGAGAAAAUUCACCAAGAAACCGAGAUCCUCGAGUUUAUGCAGUUCGCAGGGGAUCUCGAAUGGCGAAAAUUUUGUCAUGCCAUUGAGCCCAGACAGCGAUGUAUCUGCGACAAGCGAGAAGACAACAUCGUCUAACGUGAUCAAGGAGGAAAGGAGCCGCAAUAGAAGCAGCCAACGAUACUCAAGCGAUGAUUUAUAUAAACCACGUCUGUUAUUUUCAAGUUCUUCUCGUCGAAGUAGACGAUCUAACCAGACAUAGCUAGUACCAUGCUAUGAAUUCGUACAGGUGUUGAAUAAAUUUAUAAAUCAUACAAUUUUAAAA